AUGAAAAUUGGUGUUAUUGAGGAUUUCUUUGCGAAGAAAGAUGUAAAAGUUCGACAAGAACUGGCGAAAGAAAAAGAGCUCCGAGCUGCAAUCGAGUCUGACUACGCAACUUUCAAAGAUCGAGAAACUUUUUUGAACAACGAACUCGCUGAGUUUAAGAAAACGCGUGCUGAUCUCACAAAACGCCACGAGAUCGCAAGCCGCGAACGCUCUCAAACUAUCAAUAAAGUGGAACGCGAAGCUCAUGAGACCUGGUUAAAAUGGAGGGAGACGGAUCGCAAAGUGAAGGAUCUCGAGCGCGAAUCGAAAUCCCUCCAGGAUCAGCUUGCUCGUAAAGCAGAGUUGAAAACUAGCUUGGAGCGGGAGAUUCACGAAAUUCACGUCCGCCAAGAGCGAAAAGCUGCGAAACGACACCAAGAAAUCAUGGAGAUGCGAGCUCGCCAAGAGCGCGACCGAAUGCUGCAUCGAAUGCGUGGUCCUGAAGGGGAGGAAGCUCGUCGAACUGGUCGAGUGAUGAACGGACCGAGACCGCGAGGCCCUGCCCCACUCGUCCAACGACCCCCAGCACCCAAUCUUAGUCAUGCUCAACGACAGCAGCAGCUGCUCUAUCAUGAUUCUCCACAGUUGAGUCCGAUUCAUGGCAACGCUGGACUGAACCAGCCCAGACCUUCCUUACAGCAGAAACAGAUGCCAAUGGCACCCAUGCCUCCUCAAAUGCCUGGAGCCCCACCAGUUCAAUUUCCACCUCAUUCCGGAGCUCCUCCGAAUUCCUAUCCACAGUACAUCGCUCCUCAACCACCAGUAAUGUCUCAAGCCCCUCCUGCUUUCCGACAAAGCUCACCGCUUCAAGAAAACGGCCAUCCUCAGCAUAACGAGCGAAACUAUAUGGCGUAA